AUGAAUGUGAAUAGUAGAAACACUAAAACUGGAUUUUAUAUACCAAAAUGGGAAAAGCGAGUGGUACGCUCACUGGCAAAGCAAACGUCCUUGAUGAGCAUGUAUAAUGCUGAAGUACCAAGUAAGGAUGCGUCUUUGAGCACCCGGAGCAGCUCGUUGGCGUCGCUGAAUUCAGUGGACAGCGCAAACUCUGAAAGCGAUUGGGGGACACUGCGGGUUUACACUAGCAAUGUGAAAGCCUGCACCGACUACAAGACAAUUCGGGUGUCCACACAAUGCACAACGCGAUCUGUGAUCGGCACCGUGCUCGGCAAAUUCAAGAUCUCGUGCAAGGACGUGAAUUUGUUUGAGUUGUGGAUGGAGGUCACCACUAAAGGCAUUGGUAAAAUUGUUAGGACAACCUUGAGAUUGGAGCCGUCCGAUCGACCGCUAGAGUUGCAAAGAUGUCAUCCUGCUGGCAUGUCGCGGUUUAUACUUCACAUGAUCUCGGAGGGAACGUUGGUCAGAGUGCACGAUCAUAAUAUAACAUCUGAUUCCAACUACAAGUCAUUGCUACUUGCCGACGAAACGACAUGCGACGAGGCAAUUGAUAUUCUGCUUCGUAUGAAUCGUAAGGAACCAGAAGGCGACUAUGCGCUGUUUCUAACGGCGCCCGAAGGCGAGGCACAAAUCCCAUCUGAGCUAGCUCUUGUGCCCAUCGCCAGGAUGUGCAAGCCUUAUCACAAAAUCGUUGUGAGACAAGUCGACUCUUUGUAAUUUGCUUUGAAACAUGGAUCUUUACGAUUUCAUUAUUUGGUGAAAAAAAAUGAGUCACAAAAAGGUAAACUAAUCUUCACUAGCGAUCAUGGAUCUCGAACACUAUCGAACAGAAAGCAGAGCAGAUAAUUAGAAAAGUAAAUCUGCAUGUAAUGCAAAUUGUACAUUUGAACUUUGUUGUCAUUGUAUAGAUAACCAAGAUCUCCUUGGCUUCCGGGAUUACGAAUCUUACACAGUUCUGUCAUUUGGUAUAAAGCAGAACAUGUAAAA